GGCUAUUAAGUCCUAACCAGGCUUGUUUGGCAGCUGGGUAUGUGUAAUUUGCAUUGACUGUGUUUGGUUCAUGUAUUAUGUGGCCUAGGCUAGUUGGCUUCAAAACAUGACAGCUGUCUCCCAUUUAGAAUAGCCUGUCUGCAUAACUUCAUAUUUAAGCCAUUGAAUGAGGUCCAUUACCUAUAAAAGGAGCACACUGACCCAUGCUGUUUUUCUAAUCCUCUGAAAUCUAGAUGCAUAGUCAUUGCGGAAGGAAACGUUUCAUUAUGAUAUGCCUACUGACCUUUUGGUUAGUUAUCUAUUAUCUCUGUUUUCUCAACUGAACGCACCACUAACAACCAGAAAGUUAAUAAUGAAACAACACAUACACUGAAUUGCUUUUCAGUGCCUCUUUCUUUGCCUUUGGUGUGCACCAACAGGUGGAGCCGCCUUUACUGUUUGCUUACUACUUAACUAUGUUGACCAAGCAGGAUAUCAUCCCGGAGUCACUCAAGUCAAGUCUGGAGGACCAACCUUACUGGAGACUGUAAGACUGGAUUUGGCUACAGCAUUGUUUUAAAGGAGGUGUUUUAAUCUGACAGAUUCACUAAAAUCGAUUAAUACAUGGACAUACAUACAGAGUAAUACUCAAAACAAGUCAAACGUAUGUUGUUGUCCACGGCGACAUGAAGGGGUUAGAAUGGAGUUGUCCCCUGCUCAGGCUGAUGGUUCACAAUGUGCUGCUGUUUACGGUCAGUGAAUGCCUUGGGGACCACCACAUGUUGGAUGAUGUAAGAUUUCUAAACCAAAUAGAGGAAGUGGAAUCCAGCUCUCUGCAAGUUCUCUAUUCAUGUUCUGAACCAUCGGUAGUCCAUUUAGAGGCCCUUGUGUCCUUCAACGCUGGAGACAUUUCAACUGUCUUUAGUCGGCACUGGACCUGUCAUCCAGGCUCCUCGAAGGUUAGGACAGUGACUCUCACCCUGCCUGACUGGCUUGUGUACCAAGCUGACUGGAUGAUCCAGCCCUCGGCGUGGGUCCUUAGUGGUAUGCUGCGUGCCUGGGUCAGUGGGGAUGGAGGUGUGGAUGGGUAUAUGUCUGCACCGGCUCAUACAAUGAUGCUACUGAAGCUCCGGGACCCCUUCAGCAGGCCUCUGAAGCAGCACCAGCUGUGUCUGAGCUGGGGCAUGGAGAGGCUGUGGGCAGCAAAUAAAGACAGACUCCUACAGUGUCCUCGGGAACAGGAGGUGGCUGUUUUCCUGUCAACACUGUAUGCCUCCACUGGGGAGAAGUUUGGCCUCAUAAGGACUCUUCAGCCCUUCGGCGAUGGUGCUCUGGAGAGUUCGCGGCUCAGAGCUAUUCCCUCUCCCUGGUGUGCUUUCUCGAUCUGGAUAUACCUUCUCCAUCCCUGUCGCCAGCAGUUGUGUGGGGUGCUGCACCAUGUAGACUCAGAGAAGGGUUAUGCUUCUCCCUCGCUGUUCCUGAGGAGCUCAGGCCAAUUACACAUCCAGCUGCAUGGGAAAUCAGGAGUGUCCUCAGCUUUCCUCUCCAAGUUCACAGUGCCACUCAGGCAGUGGUGCCAUCUCAACAUGGAGCUGGAUGGCUGGACGGUCAGGAUAACCAUGAUGUGCAGAGAUGGAGAGCACUACGUUGUACAGAACUCUGAGCAUGUAUUUGAUAUAGCAUUUCACCUGGAUGACACAGAUGGCUACUUUGCGGUUGGUGGAGGUGAAUUUGUUAAAGGCAUUGAGGGGUACUACGGACCUAUUGUUUAUUACAGAAACAGCAUGCCUGCUCAAAGUGAGUCUGAAGUCCACAUACCACCUCCCAUAACACUUAUGACAGAAUGGCUCCAGUCUUGUCAUCAUUUUGAAUUUGAUCUGAAGAUCAAAAUCGCUGGCUACCUACAAAGAGCAAGAGAGAAUGGACACUCAGAUGUCUGUGUUGCUGCAUACAGCCAGUGGCUAUCCAAAGACAAGUCCCAAGUCAUGACCCCACAGUGUGAGGCAUGGGAAGCCCCUGGUUCACCCCAGAGACGUCAAACAGUUCGCAUAGCAGAAAAGUUGGCAAACAAAUAUGGUCCAUCAGUUAGUCCAGCCACCGUUGGCAAGGCUCUGUACUCCCUGACCCUUAAUAAACUGGCCCAGGCAGUGGAUACAGGAGUCAUCAGCAGGGUGUUGCCUCUCUUGCUGCAGGCUGGUUGCCUUGGGGACAACAGGGCCCUCUACCUCUCAUCGGUGCUGUACAGCAGUGGUGUCGGCGUGAAGACACGUCCUAUGAGGGCAUGGCUGCUCGCUCUGCUGGCGGCCCAGCAGGACUGGAGACUGGGGCUGCUGCGUCUCGGGCACCUGCACCAUCUAGGUGACGAGAACAUCCCUCCUGACCCUGACCUGGCUUAUGCCUACUAUGCCAACAUCGCUAAACAAACAUCUGCUGAUCGUCAGAACCUCACCACACAGCAGACUUAUGUGGAGGCCAUAUAUCUGAAUAAUGAGGAAGUACUAAAGUCACAGACCAAUGAGAACCAUGACCUCUUCCACUGGUUAAAACUCCAAGCACGGAAUGGGGUGGCAGGAGCAGAGCAAACAAUGGGCCGGAUGCUGUUCUGGGGUCAGCAUGGUGUGGCUCCAGACAUCCAGACUGCUGUGAAGCACUAUCAGAGAGGAGCCAUUAGACUUCAGGACCCAGUGUCCAUGUACGACUAUGCCAUUGUCCUGCUCACGGGACGGGGUGUUGAACAAGACAUCCCUAAGGCUGUAAUUUUCCUGAAGAAAGCCAUAGAGCGGGGCUUUGUCCCAGCAAUGAAUGCUCUGGGCUGGUACUACGAGCAUUAUGAGAAGGACUAUGAGCGCGCUGUGGAGCUGUGGGAGCAGGCUGAUGCCGGCGGAAGCCCAGACGCAGCCAUGAACCUGGGUGUCAUGCGCUCCCAAGGGCUGUAUCCAGGGAGACCAGCGGAUCAGCUCAUGGCAUAUCACUACUUCCUGAAGUCUGCUCAAAGGGGUCAUGUGGAUGGAGCUAUCAAUCUGGCUGAGAUAUGGAAUCAGGGGCUCCCAAACCAGAUGAUGAGGCGUCCUGAACAUGCUGUUUUAUGGGCGAAAUGGGCAUCGGAACAGAAUGGUUACCUUGGCACAAUCUUACGGAAAGGCUUUGAUGCCUAUUUAAAAGAAAGAUGGUUGAUGGCUCUCGUAUAUUACCUGAUGGCAGCUGAAUCAGGAUUUGCUUCGGCCCAGUUCAAUGCGGCCUACUUAUGCGAACAAAACCCUGGAGGUUUUUUGACACAGGCCUUUGUGAAACAGUGCAUGCUAAGAUACUACAAUCUCACCAUUCAGAGUCAAGAUCCAGAUGCUCACGCUUUAAUAAAAAUGGGAGACUUGCUCUCUAGUCGUAAUGCAACUGGUCAGAAAGAUGUGGCCAAAGCUGCAGAGAUGUACAAGCUUGCUACUCUCAGCGGUGAACCCCAGGGAUGGUUCAGUCUAGGUCUGCUUGUCCAGGAGGGGGAGACAUUGCCAUUAUUUUUGCUGGUGGAAUUGAACUUGUUGCAGCCCUACCUAUCAGACAGACAAGACCUUCUCACAGCACUGUACCGUAGAUGCAGAGAUUCAAAUGCCACAGAUGCAUACGUACCUUGCAGUCUUGCUCUUUUCAAUAUAUAUCUACAAUCAUUUUGGGAGACCAAUUUUAUUCUCAAGACGUCAAGUACAGUUGCUGUGACAGUUGCCACCAUAGCGGUGGUCUUUGUAUUGUCCAAAAUCUUUAGACGACAUGUCAUGGACACUGGUCAGAUCACAUGACCCCCAUCAAGGUGGGAGGGAGCAUCAGACAUUCAGUUAAUACCACUCAGCACAGCCUCAGUGUGCCACACUUAUUAUUUCAUAAAUUAUUUCAUCCCUUUAAUGUGUCUUUCUCUUCUUUUAUUUGUGUUUGAUAAGUUAGCUGGUUAGCCGACCAGCCAGGGAGCUCCUAAGCUGUGUCUAAGUCAAAGCUAGCUCUGUCAAAGCUUUGCUUUGGCUUUUCUGAUGAUCUGUAAUGACAAACUUUUGUACUGACACAGUGCUGCAUUGCUGUUAAAGAAGGCCAAGCUGAAAAAAAGAAGGGAUGUCCUUGGUGACAACCAUGAUGUCAUUUGUUUGUUAUAGAUUCAUGAUAAUUUUUCAUGAAACCUAUUUUUAUAUGUUAUAUUUCCCACUGCUGCAGACAAGCAGAUCUGGUAUACACAUUUUUUUAUUUUUGUAUUAUUAUUUUUUUUACCAGUACCUGGUCAGGUAGGCAUUUCCCAGGCCCCAGCAGUUGUGCUUGCCUUCUGUACUCUCUGUAACCUAGAUGGCAUGACUGUUGAAGCAUGGCUUCACAAAGCUGGGUUAUUUUUUCUGGCUCACUGCUCCUGGCCCCCAGGGGUUACCUGUGCUCCAGGUAAUGAUAAUGAAUACCAGUGUGGUCACAUGAGAGGGUGCAGAGGUCUGUCACAAACAGCAGGUGUUGAGCAAGCUGAGACCUGCACACAGCCACACAGGAACAGCCAAGUCUCAAGGUAUCCUGCCUAAUUGAAAUAACAGUGUCCCUCCUACUAAUGAGGGGAGAAGUAAAUGGUUUCACUCUUCAACUGCUACAUCAUAUGUCUGUUUCAAAAAAGGAUUCCUCUAAUGGAAAUGUCAGACUUGAAGUAAAUGGACAGAAAAUCUAUGAAUUAUGUUUGCUCUAUGUUGUUCAUGUUCUAUUGAUUAUUACUUAAAGGCUCCCAUCGCUUACCGACCAGUCUAAACAAGAAUGGAAGUCAUAUGUCAAAACGUAUGUCUUAAUAGCUCAAAGGCAUGUGUUCACACCCUUGCCAAAUCUAUUCAAGUGCGAGUUGUUAAAGAUGAUUUUUGAACAAAAUACAAUGGAAUAAAAUAUAGUUUCAUUGGAUUA